CUUUGCGAUAGAUCGAAAGGAGUGAUUAACGGUGAGGUCGAACCGGCACCUGAGGGGAACUUAUUAAAAUCAGCCACAUAUAGAGACCGUUCUCCCACAGAGCACUCAGAGCGGCGUGGUUUGCGGAGUUCUGCCGAGCAGGAGCCCCCCUCCCCUGGCUACGAGUGUGUCGAGGAGAGGCGGGUGGCAGGUGCUCAGUUGAGGGAGACGCAUCGCCUCGGUCGGCUCCCCGAACCUCCACAGGGCGCCGGACGCAGCAGAGCGACCCAAACCCGGCCGAGCGGGCACGCGAACCCCAGUGAGCACGAGCGGACGGCGGCGCCGGGCGUUUGGAGCGGCGGCUCUGGCGGCGUCGUGUGCGGCUGGACUGUUUCGCGGGACCGUUGAAGAGUGUGGAUGAAGCGAGAGGCUCCGGUGUCGCAGCGAGAGUAACGUCUCCGUAACGGCCGUUUCCACUUCACGGCUCCUUCCCUCACCUUUUCCCUCCGUAGAGUUGGACGUUGGGGCGGAAAACUCGUUAGUCGCCGGGAAACUUGUCCCGCCUUUGUGUUUUUUUUUCUUUCGCUAACCUGUUGUGUCGUUUUUCCGUGUAACCGGAGACGCGGCGCACUACGACAAGUUAGCAUAUCCAGUAUCCGCCUCCUGGGAGCGCGGCGGCGGCGGCUAAUUUCUCCGCUUUGGGUGAGCUGUGCGCGGCUGCGUCGGGAUAUUUCACCAACUUUUGCCGCUUCUCCAUCAGCACGUCGGGGGAAAACAAACACUCGGAGCGCGGCGCCGUCCGGUUUGCGUGGAGGCAAAAUAAGAGGCGUCCGCGAGAUCAAUUAGUGGAUGGAUUUUUAGCGCGCGCGCGCGAGCGCGCACGAGCCGAACCAGUGCUGGACGACGCGUGUUUAUUGAUCGAAUGGUGUCAACAACUCAAUGAUCUACAGGACAAAUCUCUGUCGAAGACGUAAAAUACGCGCGGAUCUGAGGCUGAUAGCGGAGAAUACGCCGAUAAGUCCCAAAACACACUUUAAUGUAUUGAUUUUGUGAGCUAAAAAUGACGGGGCGCAGAAGCACAGCGGCUCCGCCACAGCAGGUAGAGGCUUCCCUUCCUUUGCACCGUGAACCCAGACAAGUGAGGGAAACUCUCUCUUUGUGAGCCCCCCCCCCUCGUCUCAGUCCUCCUCCCGCAGCCUGCCGAGUUUGGACACCGGUGCCGGGAAGCUAGUCUGCAGCGACAGCCGUGAAGUCCCGGAGCUCGGAUCUCCGCGUCGGCGGGAACGCGCGCAGCCACCGCGGCCGCAUCCGGCUUCAUCCCCUCUCGGAAAUCCUCCCGCAAGAGAGCGCGAGCGGACACGGACCCCGUCGGUCCCCUCCACCGCGAGAUGCAACCGGGAAUGUGCCGCCCCGAGGGGUCCCCGGAGCGCGAGGGACGACCCGCGGCGUGCAGCCGGCGGAUGAUGGCGACGGGAGCGGGGACGUCUCCGGCUGGGAGUCGGUGUGUGCUCCUCUUCCUCCUGCUCCUCGGCAGCUGCUGCCACAUGUUGCACGGCCAAGAGGUGGCCCCCUACCUGCAAGGCACUGGACUGGGGCAGCAGGUGGUGUUGGAGGGAAACAGACUGGUGUUGACCUGCCUGGCUGGAGGCAGCUGGCCUCUGCAGUACCGCUGGACUCUGAGGAACAGCAACAUCACCGACUGGACGCCGCAGUACAGGUUGUCCAUCCCGUCUGUGAAGAGGACCGAUGCUGGCCUGUAUCAGUGUUUGGUUAGGAACAGGAUGGGAGCAGUAAUACACAGGAGAACAGAGGUGCAGGUGGCCUUUUUGGGGAACUUCUCCACUGAGGAGCAGAGGAAGACAGUGAGCCAGGGCAGAGCCGCAGUCAUCAGCCCGCCCGCCAUCGCCUCCUUCCCCCAGCCUGUAGCCACGUGGUUCAAAGAUGGGCACAAGGUCGUCCCCGGCAACCGAAUAGCAAUUACUUUGGACAAUCAGCUGGUCGUCCUGGCAACCACCGCAUCGGACGCGGGGCGUUACCACGUGGAGGCGGUGAACGAGAUGACAGGGGAGAACGCGACGGGCCCCGCCAUCUACCUGAGCAUCUCAGUUGGCAAGAAGAACCGCGGGUCAACAGAUCCUGAGUCUGAACUUCUGGCUCCAGCAAUUGUGAUUGGACCCAAAGACACCACAGUGGUGGCAGGAACGGAGGUCACAUUAGAGUGCAUCGCUAACGCGAGGCCGCUUGACGGCUUGGUGGUGUCAUGGAAACGGGACGGGCGUUGGCUGGCCGGUGGGCGUCGGCUCAUUAUUCCCUCCCCCACCUCUUCUGACUCCGGGUUAUAUGUUUGUGAGGCGUUGCUUAGCAACAGCACUGCCAAACCUGCGGAGGCAAGGGCACACAUCACCGUAAUGGAACCGCCCGCUCUGACUGCAGAACCCAAGACGAAGAUCCUCGCGGAGCUCGACAAGAAUGUAGACAUCCCGUGUGUUGCUACAGGCGUGCCCCAGCCCAGGGUGGAGUGGUAUAAGGACGCUGUGCCUCUCUCCAAACUGGCCAACCCCCGCUACAAGGUCACCGCCGCGGCCGGGCUGACGGUGCGCAGGGUGCAGCCGGGGGACGGGGGCAUAUUCCAGUGCAUCGCCCGCAGCGCUGCCGGAGAGAGCCAGGCGCACACGCAGCUCCUCGUCUCCAGUGUGGCCCCUACAUUUACAUCCCCCCCAUCUGACCGAACAGUAACUGAUGGAAACACAGCCCUGUUUAGCUGCCAGACGAGCGGCGCCCCAAAGCCUGCCAUCACCUGGAGGAAAGGAUUGCUGGUCUUAGCCAGCGGCUCCGUCCAGGUUCCCAGGUUCACGCUGUUGCAGACGGGCGGUUUGCAGAUUCAGCCAGUCAGCUUCCAGGAUUCAGGAGAAUACACCUGCAUCGCCUCCAACUCAGAGGGAACCAUCAAUACCACAGCUACACUCACUGUGUGGAGUCGUACAGUCAUUUCUGUGCCUCCAACGGAUCAGCGAGUUAUCAAAGGAACCACCGCUACUCUGAUCUGCAACGCUACGCGUGACCCCCGAGUCGAUAUCAGCUUCUGGUGGGACCGCGGUGGCGUCCCCGUGCUUCCAACCAGCGGGGGCCGUGUUUCUGUGCGUCAGGGCUCCCUCACUAUCGGUCAGACGUGGUCAGGUGACAUCGGGGACUACACCUGCACGGUGACAUCACAGGCCGGCAACGACUCUCGCUCUGCGCGCCUUGAAGUCAUAGAGCUGCCACACUCCCCUCGCUCCCUGACGGCCCACCUCAACGACUCCGAUUCCCGCUCCGUCCUCCUGUCCUGGCUGCGACCCUUCGACGGGAACUCCCCUCUCCUUCACUACGUGCUGGAGCUGUCUGAGAACAACUCCCCAUGGAAGGUCUACUUACCAGAGGUGGAUCCAGCUGUGACCAAUGUGUCGGUGGGCGGGCUCACGCCGGCCCGGACCUAUCAGUUCAGGCUCUGUGCUGUCAAUCAGGUGGGCCGGGGUCAGUACAGCUCAGAGACUCAGAGAUUAAUGCUGCGAGAGGAGGCGCCGAGUGCUCCUCCGAAGAAUAUCGUGGCCAGUGGGCGGACGAACCAGUCCAUCAUGGUCCAGUGGCAGCCUCCGCCGGAACCGCAGCUCAACGGAGUCCUGCGAGGAUACGUACUCAGGUACCGUCUUGCAGGGCUGCCAGGAGACUACCAGGAGAAAAACAUCAGCAGCCCAGAGACUAACUACUGUCUGCUGAAGGACCUGAUCAUCUGGACCCAAUACCAGAUCCAGGUGGCGGCCUACACCGGAGCGGGCCUGGGCGUCUACAGCAGCCCUGUCACAGAGUACACUCUGCAGGGAGUUCCCACAGCUCCUCCGCAGGAAGUGGAAGUUGUAGCUAUCAACUCGACAACCAUCCGCUUCACAUGGAACCCUCCACCUCAGCAGUUUAUUAAUGGCAUCAAUCAAGGCUACAAGCUGCUGGUGUGGCCGGAGCAGUCUCCAGAGGACGUCACCGUGGUGACCAUCACCCCCGACUACCCCGGCUCGCGGCACACGGGCUUGGUCAGCGGUCUCAGGAAGUUCACCUGGUACUUUGGCUCCACCCUCUGCUUCACGACGCCUGGGGACGGACCCCGCAGCCCCCCCACGCUGCUGCAGACGCACGAGGACGCUCCUGGACCUGUUCGGGACCUCAGCUUCACUGAAAUCUUGGACACCUCCCUUCGAGUCAGCUGGUCGGAGCCUGAAGACAAGAAUGGCAUCAUCACUGGCUACGUGCUGUGGUGGGACGUUCCUGAUGUGGAGUCGAGUCGUGAGGAACGCUCCCUGUCCAACUCCACUCUGCGGUACCAGGUGACCGGCCUCACCUCCACCACCGCCUACAAACUGCAAGUGGCGGCGCUCACCGCCGCAGGACGGGGCGUGGUCACGUCCUCCACCAUCUCCACCGGCGUCCCACCAGAACUUCCAGGCGCUCCCUAUAAUUUAGUCAUCUCCAACAUCAGCCCUCGGACAGCGACGCUUCGAUUCCACCCCGGCCCGGACGGAAAGACAGCGAUCUCACGGUGGAUCGUAGAGGGACAGGUGGUCAAGGAGCGUGGAAAGGAGGAGCCCUGGAGAGUUGUGUAUCAGAAAGACAAUCAGCCAGACGCUGACACGCUGGAGAUCCCUAACCUCACCCCAUUCACUCAGUACCGGUUCAGGAUGCAGCAGGUGAACGUUGUGGGUCCCAGUCCUGUGAGCGCCCCCUCCAGGACGAUUCAGACACUACAGGCAGCCCCGGACACGCACCCCUCCAACCUCACGCUGCUGUCCGCCACACAGACCAGCCUGCGCCUCAGCUGGAAGCCUCUUCAAAGGUCUGAGUACCACAGCAGCCCGGACACGGUGGGCUACCGGCUGCGCGUGUGGAGGACAGACGGGCAGGGGGACGACAGGACCGAGGACGUGGACGGAGCAGCGGAGUCCAGCGAGGACGCCGUGGAGGGUCUUAGUCCCUGGACCCAGUACCAGCUUCAGAUACAGGCCUACAACUCCAUCGGACCCGGACCCUGGAGCGGCACUGUCGCUGCACGCACUGCAGAAUCUGUUCCAUCUGGAUCACCGGUGAAUGUGACUGCUGAGGCGAUGAGUUCCACCAGGAUCCUGCUCACGUGGUCCCCGGUCCCUCAGGCCCAGAAGAAUGGCGUCAUCCUGGGAUAUAAGGUGUUGUACAACGAGAAAGACUCGGAGGGUCCCCCCAGAGUUCGCGACGCACAAGGAGAGGGCAGCUCCUCCGUGCUCCUCGAGGGUCUCCAGAAGUACACGGCGUAUGUGCUGCAGGUGCUGGCACACACGCGGAUGGGCGACGGCCCUCCCAGCAGCGCCAUCCUGCUCUGGACCAGAGAGGACGUCCCAGGCCCCCCUGUCAGGAUGGUGUUCCCAGAGGUUCGAUUGUCAUCAGUCAGGGUGGUUUGGCAGCCACCCACGAAGCCCAAUGGCAACAUACUGGGCUACCAGAUCUCCUACCGCCUCGACAGCAGGGACCCUCUGCGUUGGACCACAGUGGAGGUGGGCUCCACUGGUCGCCAGUUCACCGUCACAGGGCUCUCCCCUGAGCAGAGCUACGUGUUCCGACUCACCGCCCGCACCGCCGUGGGCUGGGGCGACGCGCAGGAGGCGGUGGUCGUCACCACGGAACGCCGAGAGCGUCCGCAGCCGCCCAGGAAGCUGUCGGUUCCUCAGGACGGCGUUGAGUCUCGCCACCUGCUCCUCCACUGGGUGACGGGCGGCUCGGGCUCCUCCCCCCUGCGCUACCUCACCCUGCAGGUCAAGGAGCUGCCGAGCGGCGAGUGGAGCGUGCACGCCGCCGAUAUCCCACACAACGCGACCGCCUGGACCGUGGACCGGCUGAAGCCCUUCACAUCUUACAAGUUCCGUCUGCUGGCAACCAACGACAUAGGAGACAGCCUCCUCAGCAAAGAGACAGAGCCCGUUACAACUCUGCAGGAUGUGCCUGAUGAACCUCCAGUGAUCCUCGCAGUGAAGCCUACAACUACUACCUCAGUCCUGGUGCAGUGGAAGCGGCCCAGUGACGACAGCACCAACGGAGUUCUGACUGGAUACCGGCUCUAUUACCGAGAGCUUCCAGCAAACGGCUCCAGCUCCACCCAAGCAGAAGCACAGGCAACGAAAAGCAACACCACCACGAGCGCCGUCAUCACCACCAAGAGCACCUUCAAGACCGUCAGCAGUGCCUCGCUGACGGAGUUCGAGUUGACGCAGCUGAAGAAGUUCCGACGUUACCAGAUUGUGAUGACGAGCUACAACAUCAUCGGGGAGAGUCCGCCCUCGGCGCCGGUGGAGGUCUCUGUCGGAGAGGCAGCUCCGUCCGUGGCCCCUCAGUCGAUCAGAGUGUCAGCCGUGUCUCCCUCAGUCCUGGAAGUGACCUGGGCCUCACCGCCCAUCGAGACCCAGAACGGACUCAUCCAAGGAUACAAGAUCCACUACUGGGAGAAGGACAAACAGAACCAGACUGAGAAGGUGAAGGUGAUCUUCGUCCCGGACACUCGCGUGCAUCUCACCAACCUGAGCAGCUUCACGCCUUUCCUGGUCACGCUGAGCGCCUUCAACACGGCUGGAGACGGACCCCCCAGCGAGCCCCGUGGAGCCAAGACCAUGCAGUCCGCUCCCAGCCAGCCCAGCUACCUGUCCUUCACGGAGGUGACAGGCGUGAGCGCCAACGUGUCCUGGGGAGCUCCGCUCGCUCCCAACGGGCAGCUGGAGGGCUACAGGGUCAUCUACCAGCCCACGGCGCCCGUGCAAGGCGUGAGUAAAGUGGUGACGGUGGACGUGAAGGGGAGCUGGCAGCGGUCGCUGAAGGUCCGGGACCUGGUGAGAGGAGCGACGUACAUGUUCAGUGUUCAGGCCCUCACAGUCAGCUACGGACCCCCGUUACAGGCCAACCUGACUGCUCACCCUGUGCAAGGCUCUCCGGGUUCACCUGUGGACAUGUCCAUAACCAAGACGUCCUCUGAGCUGAACAUCCACUGGUCUGAGGGCGACAGCGGCGCAGCCCCUGUGAGCGGAUACGUGGUAGAAGCUCGUCCCUCGGAUGAAGGCCUGUGGGAAUCCUUCAGCCGACCCCUCCCCGCCAGCAGCAGGUCCAUUUCAGUGCCACUGGAGCGCCUGAGGUCAGGGAUCAGCUACGAGUUCCGGGUCGUUGCUGUUAAUCGCUAUGGUUACGGGGAGCCCAGUACACCCUCAGCUUCGCUCGCUGCGCUGUCGGAGCGCCCGUUCUACGAGGAGUGGUGGUUCCUGCUGGUCAUGGCUCUGGUGGGGCUCAUCCUCAUUCUGGUCCUGGUCUUCACACUGCUGCUGCACGGACACAGCACCAAGUACAAGGCCUGUGGCACCGGGAAGCACAUGUCCACAGCAGAGGAGUCUGUAACUCUGGACAAUGGCGGAUUCACAGCGCUGGAGCUCAACAGCAGAACACUCAACACCAAGAACUCCUUCCUGAAGAAGAAUGGCACCAGGUCUCCUCCCAGGCCGAGUCCAGGCGGUCUUCACUACUCUGACGAGGACAUCUGUAACAACUACAACGGAGCCGUCCUCACAGAGAGCACCACACUGACUGAGAAGCAGACGGAGGUCUCUGAGUCUGAGCUCACAGACAGCGACUAUGAGGACGAGCAGCCAAAGCACUCCUUCGUCAACCACUACAUGAGCGACCCCACCUACUACAACUCCUGGAAGCGGCAGCCCAAAGGCCUUAAAGCCAUCGGCACUUCGUUCGGCUACGAGGAAUGUGCCACUGCAGACUCGGAGCCCUACUACCAGACCGUGGUCACCCAGCACAACACAGUGGGCACAUACACACCCACGGGGCAGCCUGUGCACACGCACGUCAACCCCAACACCAACCCGCCGGGGUCACGCACCCCAGUCACAGGGUUCUCCUCCUUCGUUUGACUCUAAGAGACCCGAUCUGCACAAGCUGACACACACGCGUACACAAAAUGAAACGGUGGGGGAGGGCGGUGUGUUUGGACUAAAGGAGAGAGAACGGGCGGCUGCAGAGAAGGGAGGACGAGAUGAGGCGACGGUGGACGGAGCGCGUCAUAAACGGACCUUCACGCACUAAGAAUGAAUCCUUCUCCCCUCGUUCACAAAGAUCCUCACUGUGUCGACAAGUGUGUGCUCUCCUUCUCUUUUCUGCCUCUGUGUCACUGUGUUUACACACACAGUUACUGUUCUCAUGUCCUUACACACAACAUUACGCUGGUGGUAUCACACACACUCACAUCUAUUGUAGAGGCUCUCCACUGACAGCUACGGGCUCGAUGACUCAGUUUGUGUAAUUGUCCAGGAAAGAAUUCAACCUCGAACUAGUGCAACGUGGAACUUGUGCACAACCCAUCUUCUCUGUUUGCUGUAUUUACACAUAAGUACACGCACACACACACACACACACACACACACACACACACACACACACGUGAACUCUCUGAUCCACUAUAUCAGCAUCUCCCACUGGGAGAGAGCAACCUGAAGGAUGUGGAGAAUUAUUAAAAGAGAGCACUGAGUGGAGCAGCUCUUGUUGACAGACUGGCUGAUGAACACAAGCGCGGAGCUGUCAGCUUUAAAACACCACCACACAGAGGAAGAUAAAAAACAACAAUCAAUUACUACUUUUUUGAACUUGAUAAGGGCGAGUGAGUCCGGGCGGGGGGUUCCUCAGCACUUAAGACAUUCUCAGUGAGAGUGUUGCCUGGUUUCACUGCUUCCUAAGAGCAAUGUGUGAUGUUUGGGGUCUGGUUUGAAAUAUAGGAAAACGUGUUUUUUACGCUCUACUGCCUGUCGUCAGUGCUCCUUGUACCGCAGCCUCCCAAGCCAUAAUGCUUGCACUGAGCCAAACCCCACACAUCUCAUCUCGAUUGUGUUGAAGUGUGAUUUUUUACCAGUUCAAGCACGCGCGUGUGUGCGAGUGUGACACAUGUGCACAGAAGCAUGUGUGUUUAAAUGGCUUUACGCUCAGCUCAGAAGCCUGUUCGUGGGUCUCGGUUGUUCAAAAAAAGUGUGCCAUUAAACUUUUGUUUGUAUUUUUGAGAUGGAUUUUGUACAGAGACACCCUUUUUACAUGUGCUGGAUGUAGUUUGCCCACGUCUGUGUAUUUCAAAGGUAAAAGCAGCAGCGGAGGGAAGUGUGGAAUGCGAUUACAAGAGUAAGAGAACCCUUCAAACGGAGUGUGAUUGAACUUUGAACCACAAAGACACUAUCACACAUGUGCUUGUGUUCAAGUGCAAACUAAAGUCAUGUGUGAGUUUAUGCUCAUGUCUAAUUUAUCGGUCCUCCGCCCACGCAACCAGCCCGCCAGCAGCCUCCCUCACUCCGUCACGCUUGUUUUGAGUCCCAUACAGUGUGUGAAUAAAUGGUCAUUGUUUAGCCGUGUGUCUGUGUGGUCUGUGUUACCAACAUUAACAUGACAAGCCCUGAGCUGAUCCUGAGGACAAUCAGGAUUAAUCAGUUCUGUAUCAGAUCUUGUCUGUUAAUCAUCGCCAAGUAUUUCAUGUUUAUUUUCACAGUGUUAAGUGCUUGUGAGAUCAUUUUAAUGCUGUAAAUAUAUGGAAAGCAAUGACAGCAGGUAGUUGAUUUAUUAAUUAGUGAUGUCAGAGAUAAUUCAGCAGAGUGAGUGAUUUACUGCAAUGUUGAGAUGUACAAGCGCAUGAUGAGAAGAGUGGUGGAGAAAGUGUUUAGUCAAAAGGCCCCCAGCAUUAAUCUCCAGUGCAAAGUUAUAACAAUCAAGACACUGGUGAGUGGGUUUAUGGGUAUUUUUAGUCGUGUGUGAAUGAAAACAUUACAAUAUGCUGAAUACAAACAUGCAGACCUUCUAAUGAUAAACAUGUUUCUCUCACUGACAGACUGUAAUAAUGAUCUGAAUAGAGCACAUUAUGUUUCAGCCCGAAGCAGAAAUUAAAAUAAUGAAGUUAAUUUAUGUAAAGAAGAUUCAGAUUGUGUUAUCCUUCAUUUCACACAGAGGCGUCUUCUCAGAUCCUGAUUACAUGUUGGCUAAUAACAGACAGACUAUUUAGCAUAAAAUCUCUAAUUACUUGUCGGUCCAAUUGUAAUAAAAUGGCAUCUCACAGGA